AUGAUUAAAUUAACUCGACAUUUGAUUAACUGGAGUAAAAAUACUGGACAAAGGAUUGAUAGACUACCAUUGAUAAUUGGUCGAGGUCCAUGUUACUCUUUGGAAAGUGGAAAAUCAAAUUUCUCAACCAUUUCACCGGAUCAAGUUACUUUCUAUAACAAUGCUGGUUUCGAUUGGUGGUCUGGUGUCUCAAUGAAACCCUUACGAGCUCUAAAUCAACUUCGGGUACCCUUGAUUCGUGAUACAUUAACCAAAGGAAAACCAUUGGAAACAUCCAAACCCUUACAGGGUUACACUUGUAUAGAUGUUGGUUGUGGUGGUGGUUUACUUUGUGAGCCCCUUGCAAGACUUGGUGCCUCAGUUAUUGGUCUAGAUCCAAGUUCGGGAAGUAUUCAAGCCGCUGAGGAGCAUCGUGACUGGUUUUCACCAGGAUUGUCCAGUAAUCUAAAUUAUAUCAACACUUCAAUUGAAGAUUUUACCUCUGAUACCAGUAACCAUGGUAAAUUUGAUUCAGUCAUUGCAUCAGAGGUAUUGGAACAUGUUGAAGAUAUUGAUCUAUUCAUUAAAUCCUGUGGUCAUCUUAUCAAACCUGGUGGAAAUUUAAUCAUCACAACAAUCAAUCAAACCCUAGCUGCUUAUAUUGUUGACAUUUUGAUUGCUGAAAAGGUUUUAGGACUAAUUCCUGAAGGUACUCACCAAUAUCAACUGUUCAUUACUCCAACAAGUUUACAGCGUUUAAUUGAACACAAUGAAUUUACCGUUCGUUCAGUUCAAGGAAUGAUUUACAAUCCGAUCUCAUCGCGAUGGUCAUGGUCCAAGUUCACUGGAAAUAACUAUUCAAUGGUUGCGAUAAAAGAUCCAAAGAAAAACAAUCAACCAUAGGAGAGAAAAAUAUUCCAAUGGAAAUUAUUGAUUUUCUUUUUUUCCCCUGGAAAGAAAACUCUAUUUUUGGAAUUUCAGAAAAACUCUGUGAUAAACAAAAUUCUCACCAAUUUAGUUAAUCAUUUAAAAUGUAAAUUUUGAUUCUCAUGUUUCUGAUUCUCUAAUCCAUUGAAAUGAAACAUUAAUCACAAAGCCAUAAAUCACCUUGAUUGUCCAUCCAAAAGCCUAAUCAUUGAAUUAAUAUUAAUCACGAUAAUAUUAUGUAUGUAUACAAGAAUAUUAAUUGUUGAUUUAGUUUGGAAAACACAAAUUAGUUACAAUUGUUACAGAAAAUUUUCAUCAUCAUUGAUAAUUAAUAUCCCGAAAUUGUAUUUAUAUAAUUAACCAACCAUUUAAAUGGAUUUGUAAAUUGUUUCAUUGAGAAUGUGUGGAUUUGAGGUUUUCACCAUUAGCAACACAACAAUUAACAUAAAUUGUAAAAUUAUUAGUUGCUUUUUAACUGAUUAGUUUGUAACAAUCAAAAUAAAUUAGUCAAAUUAAAGGUUUCAACUUACCUUUCCAA